AUGAAUUUCCAAGACCUGACAUUCGACUUUAUCGAUCGACAGCGUCCCCAACCGCCUCAAUUCUGGUCCCCCAAGACCCCUUCUGAGCAGUCAGAGGCCACCAUUCGGCCGCAUGGCGACAGGUCACGCGGCGGCGAUGACCUGACGAGCGACUCCGGUCACGUUUCUCUCUCACCUCAGGCUCCGGCCAUCUUCCACGCCCCGUCACCGCCAGGACACUCUGAAUCCGACUCGACCAUCACCGAGAGCUACGGUCCUAGCCGUCUGUUCGCACAGUUCGGAAACCCGCUACGUGACAUUCGUCGGCACCCAGACGAACCACUGAUCGACAAUCGCCCGGAUCCGCGUCCACCUCGACGAAUCGACUCCGAGUCGACAGUCCACAUCCAAUCUCAAACGACAGUACGCUUCAACGAAGCACAGCUAGCCAUGGACGAGGUCGCCAACCGCGCACGCGCCAAGGGCUUUCGCGAUGACAUGACCAUUGCCGUCAAUGGUUCAAUCACGCCCGGCGUCGAUGAUGGACCAUUUAUCAACUAUGCCCUUGGCGCCCUCACUCAAGAGUCAUGGCCUAGGCACUCUGCCACGUCAGAUGCCACAGCGACCACCCGAGGCGAUGCCGGCGCCUCGUGGCAGAACGAGCUCCCUAAUGAUUAUGACGAAUACUCUGAUGAUGAUUACGCGGUACCCAAGAGGCGUUCAAGCAAGGCACGCAAUCUGGUGCCAUCUCUCGCUCCUGUGCCUUCGGUUUACACGCGCAACUCCGUGCGCCACAGCGCGGUAUCACAGUCGCAAGACGAGAACGAGGAGUUCGGUGCCACUCCCAUAAGACUCGAAGCCUACAACACGACACGACCUCUCUCACAGCCGAGGUCAACGACUUCUUCACGCUUCAUUGGAGAGGACGAACCCAAACAGUUGGGCUCCAACCGUUGGAUACCGAUCAGUGAAGUCCACCCGACCCGACGGGAAGGCCUGCCCAAGCUUGAUAUUAUCGAUCCCCUGAGAAUCAACUAUCCCGAAAUCACCUAUGUCCCACGAAUUUUACGACUACCCUCAAUGACCACCAUGAUGGCAUUAUGCAUUAUUAUGAUUGUCAUGCUCGUCACGUCCGCCAUUCUGACAACGAUACGACCUGGCUUGAUGACGUUGCACUAUGGCGUUGACGAUAUCAACCACGGACAGUACUUUCUGUUCCGUGUACUGCCACAACUACUGGCCGCCGUCGUGUUCGUCUACGCACAAUGCAUCAUGACAACCACGAUUCGAAUUCUGCCGUUCCAACGCAUGACGAAUGAUGAAUCUGAAAGAGACGCGAUGCAUAUUCUCCUUGCCCACCUCCACCUCAAGAAAUUCAUGAAAGCCCCGCUGACACAGCCGACUAAGCCGGAUGUCUUUAUUGCUACCAUGCCUACCAGCAACCUGAACAUAACGUUGUUGAGCAGGAUCACGGGUCUCUUGUGGGAUCCGCGGUCUAUCGCCGACGUUGCGCACAUGAUGUACAAGUCGAACACUCUUGACGACUAUGAGAGAACCGAGAUGAUCAGGGACAGGAAGGCGAUGCAAUCCAUUCUUUGCAACCGCCGCGUCGACCGGCUGGGCUAUUGGCAGAUGGAAGGCCCCGACGUGACGCCGUGGUACGGUAUCGGAAUCGACAAUCAUAUCUCUGGCAGGAGAGGACGGAACGACGUGGAGGACAUGCCACAAGACGAUAUUCGCCAACGCGAGUCUAUGAACUCACUGACAAUGUCCCUGGUUUCGGGGGUGGACGACAAGAUUCGGAAACAAUACCUACCCUGGUUCCUGCGAGACGGACAGAUGAUUGGCUUUGCUGUGAUCAGCACGCUCCUUCUGGUGGCCCUGAUCGUUGUCUCCUUCACGCAGGGAGCUAGCUGGAUGCGAGGCUUCCGCCCCGGUCACUUGUCUGUCUAUCCCGCAGAGGGCAAUUUUUCAGCGGCCAACUUCCUCUUCAGCUUCAUUCCGAGUCUGCUUGGCGUGCUCCUGUACUUGUUCCUCCAGUCUCUGGACAUGUCACUCCGCACUACGCAACCGUGGGCAGAGCUGAAUAGCGCCUUGGGUUCGCCAGCCGGUCGAUCCGUGCUCUUGGAUUACGCCGCUUGCCACCCGUUUCAGGCCACCCUCCAUGCUGCGAGGAACAAACAUUGCGCGUUGCCGCCGUCUCACUGA